AUGUAUUGCAAACUUCAUCUUAUUUUAGCUCUAUUAAUACCCCAUGUUGUACAUUUGCACUCAUAUCCUUAUAUAAUUCACCCUGCUACUUUUUUACCCCCUAUAAUCCGGCUUAUUCCUACAACCUUCAGGUAUCAGACUUCCCCAGAUCCACUUCUCUCUCGAGGUCUUGGACCGACAAAGACUUUAGCCACUCGACCCAUCCAGUCCAGUUCCUGCUCUGUUGGUUCCUCAGCCUGUUAUUUACCUUCUUUGGCAUCCUCAUCUGACUCCCCGUCAUCACCUUUAGCAUCUUCUUCCUCCCUCUUACAAUGGAGCACUGCAUGCAAAUCCAACUUCCCUGCAGCCGCCAAUGUUCAUACUUUGGAGCAAAGGUCGAUUGCUUGCUCCGAAUCGAGAUCAUCUACUGGGUCAAGUUGUGAAAAGAAGAGUACCAAGCAUCCGAGCUCACUUACAAGGCCAGACGAUGAGCAACCGAAUAGUGAUGUCGAAGAGGAAGCAGACGUAACUAUAUCUUCUAGUUUUUACGUCGAGAAUAGACAGAGCGAACAUGGCUCACAAAGUCAUGACGUAAGGCCAAUGGAUGAGGAAGAGAUUGAAGCGAAGAAACUUGAAGUGCAAUCGCAGGGAACAAAUGCCCAGAUACGCCGGCAGAACAGGGAAUCAGAGGAAGACGUUGAUUUAAGCGAUGAUUUCGAGUCUGUGGAGGCAGAUGGAUCUUCUGAUCCUGGGUCUCAAUAUUUAUCCUCAGAAAGCUGUCGUAUUGCUGCUCAGGACUUGGCUCGUGCUGUAUGUACACUUUUCUCAUUAUUGAGUCUUAUUUUCGUAACAGAGUGCAAAUACAUCUACACAUACAGGCUUCCACGAACUCUAAUGAAAUUUUGA